AUGAUACAUAUAAAUAUUAACCUGCUAUUGGUCGUGUUUGACUUCCAAUAUAAAAUUAAAAUCCNAACACAAGAUUCCAGUUUACAUAUUUUAAUAAGGGUAUUCUAUGAAAUAAAAUAAUUUAAAGAAUGAUACGGUAAGGAUAAUAUACUUUUCCUUUUACUUUUAAUUUAAAAAAGAAUUUAUCAGGAUCAUUUGAAUAUUUAGAAAAAGACUGAGAGUGUAGAAAUAGAUUCACCAAGUAAGAGCUUAGAUAAGAUUAAAUAUCAAUAAGAAUUUUUAGUAAGAGAACCUAUUAAAGAAAUUGUUAAAUAAACAGAAGGAUAAUAAGUUUUGUAACCUACAUCAUGUUGUUGUAUAACAGCAUGGGAGUAAGUUAUAUAAUAUAUAAUAUAGACGAUAUUUUUUAAGUUUCAGUUUGAUAAAACAGCUUGUCAACCAGGUGAUAUUGCUCAAUUAUAAGUAGAAAUUGAUAACUUAAUCAAAAGUUAUUGAUAACUUAAUCAAAAGUUAACAUACCUGCUAUAACAGGUAAGUUAACAAAUACAUUAAGAAUUGUGAGUAAAUAAGGACUUUAUAGAUUGAUACAUAGAGUAUGUGGAAACUCAAUUAUACCAAGACUUUAACCAGGUUAAGCUUCUUUAAAUGAAUAAAGAAAGAAUAUGACAUUAACAUAGAUAGAUUAAAAUUAAAAUAAACCUUUAGAUCCAACUACAAAUGGAAAAGUUGUAAUGAAUAAUUAUCAACUCUCUGCUGUUGGAGAAUUAGAUGGAAUAUGUUUAUGUUGUACAUAAACUCCUGGAAUUGAAUUUCCUCUUAGAAUCGUUGUUAAACAAUAUCAAGUUAUGAUUAACCAGUUAUUGCUCCUUCUGGAUGGAAUCCUUAAGUUAUGA